AUGGCAUCCGUGGCCGAUCUACUGAAUCCAACCCCCGUAGUAUCCGUGACCGAUCUACUAAAUCCAGUCCCGGCAGAGGCAACUCAGGGAGAUGACAAGGCUUCCCGAGAUGAGGGUGAAAAUCAACAUAUAGCCGUUCUUCCUACGGAACGACACAUAUGUCCAGAUGGUCGGCCUCGAGUCUAUUGUCAUGACCUAUCAGUGCUCGUCCGCACGUAUAAGAAAUUGGCGACUGAAAACAAUACGGAAGCAGCAUCAGCAAAUGACCAAAUUUUCCCCUUGCCGAAGUCGACUGGAGAAUGGAUAACGGGCGAGGAAGAACACAGGUUCCCGCUGCCCGAAUAUUUUCCACCCACCGUCAAGGAAUUCUGGGCGUUGACGGAGUGGGAUCAACUACACAAACUCUACUAUCUGUGUGAGGUGUAUAAUAUCACAGAACGGGAAAUUGACAUGGAGACCAUUGGUGGGAACAAGGACACCUUGCCGAAAAUCAGAUAUCAUCCCUCCCACCAAAAGAGUCUCCCUUUUUCUGAACUGCUCCGCCGGAAGCUAAAGCCGACGGCCGAACGCACUGCUGAGGACGCCCUUGUAUUGUUUCGACAUGCAGGCGUGGUUGGACCCCUCAAAGUGUUGGCUGUUUUGGCCCAUCGGCUUGAGCUGUCCUUUCAGACACUUCUCUAUCAUGCUACGCCUCCGACUCCAGGAAAUGGCCGCAGAACACAACCUCAAUUUGUGGAUAUCUAUUUCACACCCUAUGUCCCAACCAAUAUGCCAAGGCCCCCCGAGGAAUCAGAGCGAGAGCCUCAGACGAACUCGGAAGGAGGACAGCGAGAAGAUGAGAACCAAUAUUGCCGCCCUGAUCCGCAAACUGCCAGACUCCCUGGCAUAGAUGACUUGCGCAAAGGUUAUGAACGGACGGGAGGCAUGGUAUCAGAUUUCGAUUUCCAUAUCCAAGGAAUAAGCAGGAGAGUCACACAACUUGAUAUUGGUACUCCAACACAGGAAUACGUUAGCCCAACACAGCAGUAUGUCAACGUUCCAUCCAGACCGGACUAUAUCGGUGUUCCAACGACACAGCACAAUGACAAUGUCCGAUCCACACCAGACAAUGUCGGUGCUCCACCAACAGCCGGAGCAGAACUACUCCAUCCCCCACCGACAACCGGACCGGCGACAGAGACAGAGACAGAGACACAUCUUCCGGCUCCAUCAACAGGAAAAACAGCAGGAACUGGCUAUCUGUGCAUAUAUUUACCAGGCUUUUUAGAGAGAUAUGGAGGCCGACGUGAUUUCACCCAGGACAAGAGACCUAGACUUGAACCACCAUUCAACUUCGAAAAGUUACUAGAAGAAAGGAAUGUUCCGGCAAGGCGUAGACCAGAACGCACUCACGAGAUAUUCUGUCGUUUAUUAAAGGAAUGUCUACCGCCAGGAGCACCAAUUACAAAGACCCGAGUCGAGUUCCCUCCGGAAGAAGAAAUGCAAGAAGCCUCUUCGUUCACAGGUCCGGCGGAAGACAUGUGGCCUCUUUCUCCUUCCCCUUCGCCGCCGCCACCACUACCACCCAGAAGACGCAAUGGAUCUGCGAAACAAGUCCGGUUUAAUUUAUCAGAGAGUGAGACCGUUUCGUUUGAGCCAAGAAGAUCAAGACUCGGGAGGAUGACACGAAAGCCUCCUAGCAGGCCAAACAGGCGAUUUCCUCGCCCGGGCCCGCUGUCAGUUUUGGCUGGGGAUGAUACUGUUCGUCGGCCUGUUCAUCGCGGAGCUGGGGGCACACUUCCCCUCCCAAGUUUCAAUCCUCCUAUGGCAGGUCAACUUCCUCCGAUGGUAACGGACAGUCAUCCUCCUCUGGGAACGUUCAGCUUUCCUCCCAUGGAAAACCCAAACCUUCCUCCCCCUCUCACAAAUUACAAUCCUCUACCCACGGCAAAUCACGAUCCUCCCCAAAGGUCCAGUCAAAAUCGUCCUCCCAGGGCAACUCGUACUCCUUCUCUUCCUAGGGCAAAUACCCGUCGGAGAACAACUCAUGAUUCUCCUCCUCUGCCAUCUCGUCAUCAUCUUGAUGUGCCGGAUCGCGAUCCUUUUGCUAUGGAAGCCCCAAAUCCUCCUACAACGGCAAGUUCCGAUUUCCCAGACUUGGGAACUCUCAAUCCCCGUUUUAUGGCCGAUCCCAGUCCUCCUCCUAUGUUAAGCUACCCUCCGCUCGGUAUGGCAGGGGAUAACCCUCCCCCAAUGUCGAGCUACCCUCCGCUUGGUAUGGCAGGGCAUAACCCUCCUCCUCCUAUGUCAAGCUACCCUCCGCUCGGUAUGGCGGGGCAUAAUCCUCCUCCUAUGUCAAGUUACCCUCCUCUUGGUAUGGCGGAGCAUAAUCCUCCUCCCAUGGCAAACCUCAGCCCUCUUCUGGUAGCAGAUCCCAGCCCUCCCCCAAUGUCCAACCACCCUCCUCUCGGUAUGACAGGGCUCAAUUCUCCUCCCAGGACAACCCUCAAUCGCCCUCCCAUGACAGGUUCCAGCUCUCCGCCAAUGUCCAGCUACCCUCCACUCCCUCUACCAGGUUCCAAUCAUGUUCCUCUCCCAAGUCAACUUCCCGCUCGUGGAAUGGGUUACGAUCCAUGGCGCCCACCGCCUGGCUAUCAACUAUACCAUCAUCAUGGAUGA